AUGGGGUUCUUUCGCUGGCCUCGGUGCAAGCGACGCGCCUCCCCUACGAAGCCCACGAAGCCCUCGCCCAUGAUUCCCAAUCCAUUCAAGGCCUCAAAGCCCCCAUUUGACGCCUACGAUGGUAUGGUAGCCCCUCUUUGGAAAUUCAAGUCGCGCAUACUAAACUUCAAUUUAGCCUUAGAUGAUUCUCACUUGCCCAUGCCAGGAGCCUUCCCGUUGACUCCUCCUGAAUCACCUACCCUUGUAUCACAGGGCGUGGCCAUCGAGGAUGAAGAUGUCCCACCGAAGGGGUGGGAAUUUAUGGAUAUGGAUGCUCGCGCAACACCAGCACUGGUUACAGAUCUCGGUAUACAUCUCCACCCUCGAUUACCGCCAUAUACCCCUCCCCUUCCGAUCGCUAGGCGCAUCCCAUCGCCAAGACCAACUGAAGCCCCCGAGCCCGCCGAAGAGGAUCGCAUGGACAUUGAUGACCCAUGGGAUCAACAAGCUCAACAAGAUGCAAGGCUUCCUCAUGGCCCCGUUUCCGCUGUACAGUUAUUCUACGCCCAGAGGAGGCCAAUUCCUGCCAAUCGCAUGGCAUCGUGGUAUGAGGCAGAAUUCCAGAGGCGAGAGAGAGAAAGAUUAGCCCGCGAGCGCGAUCUCCGACGUCCCACUAGAGUGCGGCCCACGGGUCAACCUGUACGUCCGAUUUCGCCAGAUUGGCUUGCCAGACUUCAACGCGCCUUGCAGAGUGGACCAGGACAGGCUGUCGCCAGAUCAUUAGCCGGAGACGAUCUUUACCAGCGGGAUAUCAUCACAUGUAUUCGCCCUGAGGCCUGGCUCAAUGACGAAAUCAUCAACGCCUACCUUGGCUUACUCGUUCACUACCUCCGGCAAUCGCAUGGAAAUCUCGGACCUAAGGAGCGACCGCGCUUCCACGCCUUUAACACCUUUUUCUACUCUACCCUUCGUGAUAAGGGAUAUGAUGGCGUGCGACGGUGGGCAAACCGCGCCAAGAUCGGUGGCGAAGGAUUGCUUGAUGUCGACACAGUCUUCAUUCCCGUGCAUGAGUCAAGUCAUUGGACCCUCAUGGUUAUUCGACCAGAAGAACGUACAAUCGAGUAUUUCGAUUCCCUGGGAUCCCGCGGAGCCCGCCAAGUGAAAAAUGUCAAGCAAUGGCUUCGUGGGGAGCUUGGGCCAAAAUAUAGGGAUGACGAGUGGACUGUCCUGCCAUCGGUCUCUUCUCAGCAAGACAACGGAAGCGACUGCGGUGUCUUCCUCCUAACAAACGCCAAAGCAAUUACUGUUGGGGUUGAACCUACCUCCAUUGGCCCAAGGCACAUCACACUUCUCCGCAGAAAAAUUGUGGCUGAGCUCAUGAACGGUGGUCUUCACGGCGACUUCCACCCACAGGACAAAGCAACUGGCGAAGUGUUGCUUUAA